AUGGCUUAUGUACUUCGAGGGGAGGGACCUGAACGUGACGCCUUCCGCUUGGUUUACAAACGCAGGUUGGAAAAUCUGGGGCUGAAGCUCAGAAAUCCAGGCCCUCCAGGCAAGUUGAUUGCCAGCUAUGGUGCAGAUACCAAAAACACCUGGCUGAAUGCCGAUGCCUUGGGAGUUCCCCGGGGUCCCUGUCGCAUGUGCAAAACCUGCCCGGGUUUGCCGGGCUUCGGCCAACUUUACUGGCCUCAACUGCCAGAUGAGGAGCCACGGGGCGAGCCCCGACCCGAGCCCAAUGGUCACAGUUCCUUGAGAUGUCGCAGAUGCGAUUGUCCAGGGCACCAACAUCAGAACCUGGAGCUCUGGUUGAUGGACGUGAAGUUGCGUGCCAAGCAGGUUCGCGCCAUCUCCUGGUACCGUCCCCUGCCUCAACAGCCGCGGCUGCCCAUGGUGGCGCCGGGCUGGAGCCGCAGCGCUGCGGCGCUCUUCGCGUUGACCGAGGGCACCUUCGAUCCCCGGCGCUGCGCGGUGAAGGGCCCCAGGCCACGGGCCUCCGCCGCCGAGGACGAGGCGUUGCCGUUGGUGUCGGUGGUGGCACCCACCAGUUGGGUGAGAAGAGGAUUUCAUCCACUGCUCUAUGAGUGUUUUUGCAAGCAGGACUACGAUCCCAAGGAACUGGUGGUGGUUGACACUGGGCCGGAGCCAUCGGCCUUUUUCCAGGAGAAGGCUCAAGAGGAUCCAAGGAUCAUCUACAGACACUUCCGCGUGGCCGACAGCAGAUUGGACCUUCCGGAGGGGUGGAAGAAAGGUGCUCCGUGCUCGCUGGGUAUCAGCGACCAGGACAUCUGGGAGAACCUGGGUGAGGCGCAACCCACGUCCUGGUCCUUAGGGAUCAAACGUAACGUGGCCAUUGAGCUGGCGGCGGGGGAGAUCAUUGCGCACUUUGAUGAUGAUGAUCUGUACGCUCCCGGAUACCUGAGUUGGAUGUACGAACGCUUGAGCAACGUCUUGAAGAAGUCCAAAGAUUCUCCUGUAACCUCGGAGUACAUCGAAUCAAACAUGCCACCUGCUGCUGUAACUUUGAAGGCAUGGCACUUGCUGGAUUUGUCCGACAUGACCUUUGGCUACAUGGAUGUGGAAAAUGAUCCACUGGUGCCUAAAGAGCAGCGAUAUGGUUGGCUCUUUGGCUGGGGUUUUUCCUACAUGUUCACCCGCUCCUGCUGGGAGUUGACGCCCGUGCCGGACGUGGAGUGGUCGGAGGACAUCAGCUUUUACGAGGAUCUGAAGCGCAACAAAGUGCCCGUGGUGCCGGUGAAGCCUCCAGGGGCCUCCAAGGCCAUUUGCGCCCACAGCUACCACGCCAAAGUCAACACCAGCGGUGGCGAAUUCAGUGGCGCCGUCCGCUGCGGACGUGCGCUGCCGGAGGUGCCACAGGAGUUGUUGGAGUUGAUGCCCUUGGCACAGCAAGCAGCGGGAGCCGUGCCACAACGCAUGGAUCAGAGCAUAGGUGAGAAGAGCGGUUUUCGUGUGAGUUUGUCAGAGAAGCAGGAGUUCCUUCAGUGUCGUGGUCAAGCCUGGUUUGCCUACCAGCAGCAGAGGAUCACUGAAGCUGGCCCAGAUGUGGAGGCACGCUCCGCAUUGUCCAAGUGGCCGAGGGCCAAGGCCGAGCUGCUGGUCAAUGAGAUCAGUCACUUGCACCAGGAGCGCAGCGAGCUUCGACGCGAGAAACAGCAGCUACAAAAGCGGGGCCUCUCCCAGGCCCAACUGGUUGAAACCCAACUGGAGGCUGCCAAGCAUGGGACAGAACAGACGAGGGAACGUCGCGACGCCUUGAAGAAGCUUGCAUCGUCAGGACCAGCUGUGGCAUCGAAAGCUGAUCUUCUACAGGCGGAGCAAAAUAUCACCAAGAAGGUGGAGACUCUAAGACGGGAGACACAAGAGCUGGCGGAGCGUUCGCAUGAAUUCUUCGCGGAGCUUCAGCAAAGCCAGAGUUCUCAGGCGCAGCAGCAGGGCCUGGUCACCUCCCAGCUGCGUCAGCUGAGCGCGCAGCAGGCGCAAAGCUGCAGCCUGCAGGUGGAGCUGAAAUUGCUGCGUGACAAGCUGCGGAUGUCGGAGCGCGAAAGAGAGGAUCUGCAUUUGAAACAUGUCCAGCUGACGGCGCAGUUACAAGCAACCUUGGCAGUUGCGCGAAAGGAGGUAAGCGACCACUCUGCGGGACUGAAACAACAGCUGCUGCAAGAAGAUGAUGUGGCGGAUUGUCUCGGUGACGCCGCUGACCGUUUGCAGGCGCAAAUAGAUGCAGCGAUGGCCACCUCACCGAGGCAGGCGGUGCCAUCCGUGCCCGAGGCGCCAAAGCGUAGCGCCCACCUCACCGUUGCACCCUCAUUGUUGAGUGGCGAGGACGAGUUGAAGAGCAACUUGUCCAGCGCUCUUCGUCAGAUUGGGGACCUCAAGCAACGAGUGCACGAGCUUCAAGCCGAGAAAGCUGGGCUGCAGGGGCGCUCGAAGCGCCAACAGUGCAGGAAUCAGCUAAGGAAGAUCUCCAAAGGACUCAUGGAGUGGCACCGGGCGUGUGCUGCGAUCAGCACGGCUCCACGGAGCCUGGCGCCAUACAAGGAAGACAUGGAGGAGGUGAAGAGAUUACUUGCCAUGCCAGUGGCGGCCUCGUCAUCGGCGACCUGCGCGACCUCGGUGGCGCAAAGAGUGCUGGAAGCCUUUAACGAGGAGGUGCCAUGCCAUUCCUUGGAUUUGGCUUCGCUGCUGAUGGGACCCGAUGGUGCUUAUGUGGUCUCCGCCGUGAUGCAGUUGAUCCAGUCCGAGGUGAAACGCCAGGCGCGGGCCAUCCACAGUUCGCUGACCGCGAGUCGUUUAUCGGGCGGCCGAACGGGAGCCAUGGAGGAAGUCGUUGGGUGGCUGCAGCAGAUGCAGAAACAGCUGUUGUUGGAGGUGGUUUCUUCCAACGAAGAUGAGGACGACGAAAUCUGGGAUCUUGAGCUGCACCUGGCCUUGCUGGUGGGACGUCGUGAUGAAGUUCUGCAAAUGGCUCAGGAUGGCACGCAGCGAGACGGCGCCGCAGCAUGA